ACUCGCACGCUCCGCCUCGCACACGCACACGUACGCCCGGUCUCUCACACGCUCGCGGCCAGCGAAGCCGGAAUGCGCCGAGGAGGAAUCGCUCCCCGCGGCUCCCGCUGAGAAAUUUCGGUAUCAAGGUGACCGGCCGGGGGACCGGCCAGCCGCCCGAAAACAAGCUCCACAAGCUCGGCGCCGGGUGACGGCGAACAGGACCCGCGCCUCGGACCACCGAAAACGGCCACAUUCUGAGCGGACAGGAUGCUGGUAGCCGACGUUUGUGGGGCUUAAAAUUACCAAUUGUCCCCCUUUCGUGUACUAUUAAACGGACACAAGCAAAAAUGAAAUCAGUUUUUAACAGUCUGCGGGCUAAAAAGGCUUCAUAUUUUUGAUAAUUUCUUCUUGUGUCCCGGAAAAAAACAAAAAACCCGACACUGUCCCAGUCCUCUUCCACCGCUCGCUGGCUGCCUCACUAGCACCGUCCACUUUAUAUUUACAGCCCGUAUCUCUCUCAAGCAUCCGAGGCAUCAUCGUGAAGAUGGCGACUGGGUCGGGUUGGCAGCAGUAUUACUGCCCUGCCGGUCAGGGGAAAUUUAGUUCUUCCUCGGCAUCCAGCCUGCCCUUUCAGCCCGGCAUCGCCAUGGAAUAUACCCAAGACCUGCACCUGAAGAUGAGCAAGAAAAUAGCACAGCUAACAAAGGUUAUCUAUGCGCUGAACACGAAAAACGACGAACACGAGGCGGCCAUCGCCACUCUGAAGGAAGCCCAUGAAGAGGAGGUGCAGCAGAUCCUCUCAGAGACCAGAGAGAAGAUAUUACAGUACAAGAGUAAGAUCAGCGAUGAGAUGGACCUGAAGAGGCGGAUCCAGUCUCUGGAGGAGUCCAUGGAGCUCCAUGAGAGGAUGAAGAGACAGGCGCUGGCUGAGUUCGAAAGCUACCGUCAGAGGGUGGAGGACAUGCAGCUUUGCACCGAGGCUCAGCACACCCAGCGUGUGGUAUCCAUGUCGAGGGAGGUGGAGGAGAUGCGGCGGUCCUUUGAGGAAAAGCUGCGUACGUUCAGCCAGGCCCAGGCACAGUUUGAGCAGGAGAAGAGGGCUGCUCUGGAGGAGCUGAAGGCCCAGCACAGACAGGAGAUCCAAGAGCUCCUUCGCAGCCACCAGAGCCAGAACGCGAACUACAGUAAAGACCAGGAGAAACUGGGACAGCUCCAUAAGGCUGAGGUGGAUUCUUUGACAGAGCGGGUGGAGGAGCUCAAACAAGACAAGAAGAGACUGGUGGAGGAGUAUGAGGCCAAACUCAGCAAGGCUCAGGCCUUUUAUGAGCGCGAGCUGGAGGCCAUGAAGAGAACCCAGCAGCUGACUGCCGACAAUCUGUUGGCAUGGAAACGCACCGAGGCCGAGCUGCGGCGGGAGUUUCAGACGCAGGAGGCGGCGCUUCAGAAAACCCUCGGUAAACUGAGGGCCGAGCUGGCCAGGGUAACGGAUGAAGCCCGGGAAAACCGGGAAAAGUCCCACAAGCUCCAGGCCUCACUCUCCACUGCUGAGAGCACCAUCAAGGACUUAACGAAGCAGCUGGAUGAGGUGACCCAGAACUCAGAGAUUGUGGAGAUCCGUCAGAAGGAAGCUGAGUGUGAACUAGAGGCAGCCAGAGACCGAGUUCAGCAGCAAGCAACCGAAAUACUGCUCAAAGCCAGUCAGAUAAGCAGCCUGCAGGCCACCCAGAUGACUCAGGAAGCAGCCAUCAGGGACCUAGACAACGAGCGGAGCCGGCUGAAGGACAAGGUGCUGAGGAUGGAAGAGGAAAGAGAGGCCCUGCAGAGCCAGAGCCAGGCCCUGGAUGAAAGACAGAAACAGCAGAUCCAGUCCCUGGAGAAGACCCUGUAUGAGGAGAAGGUGUCCCACGAGAAGGACAUGAACAGUGUGCGUGCUCGAUACGAAGACGAGGCCAGCCAGAUGAAGGAGAGCCAGGCUCGAGCUCUGGAGGAAGUCGCCAAGAAGCACAGAGUGACCCUGGAAAACGCUCUCAACAGCGCCGAGAAGGACAAGAACCACCUGCUAGCUGAGCUGGAGCAGCAGUUUGAGAGGGAGCGGCUCUCACUGGAGGAGCAAAAGACGCUCCUCAGGCAGCAGCUGGACGAGCUGAGGGAGGAGCUGACCUCCAAACUCACUGCAGCCAAUGAGGAGGUGUCUCGGCUGCAGGAGCAGGUGCAGCAGGGGGAGCAGGACAUGGGGGCAGCUGAGGGACAGAUCUCCACACUGAAGGAGGCACAGGACAAACUGCUGGAGGAGCUGGACGCUACCAGGGCCCGGCUGAGAGAGACCAGCAACCUGCUGACUGCACUGCAGGGAGAGUUGGAGACCCAAAAGCGUCAGCAUGAAGCUAAACUCAUCACCACCAAAGAAGAAGAGAAACUUAAGAUGGACAAGAUGGCUUUGGAGCUGGAGCUGAAAUGGACCGAAACACUCAGGCAGGAGUGUAAGAAGCUACGUGAGGAGCUGAGAGAGGAGCAUGAGGAGGACAAGGCCUCAGCACUGGCUCAGCUGGCGCAAAGCAAGGACCAGGAACUGAGCAACGCCAGGGAGAGCUGGCAGAGGAAAGUGGAGGACCUGCUGGAACAGAUCUCCUUGUUGAAGCAGAGUCUGGAGAUGCAGCUGUCCCAGUCGCAGUCGUCACUGCAGCAGCUGCAGCACCAGUUCAGCCAGGAGAGGGAGCACCUGAGGAUGCAGCUGGACGAGCUGCAGACGGAGCACCAGAGGCGGCAGCACCGUCUGCAGGAGGUCCACUGCUGUGCCAUGCAGGACCUGGAGCACGCCAGGCAACGUGACCUGAAGGAGCUGGAGGAGCGUCUCCGCCAUCAUCACCAUGCAGAGCUGCAGUCUCUCAGAGAGGCUCACCGCCAGAGCAUCGAGACGCUCAAACAGCAGUCAGAACAAGAGCUGCAAACGCUCCGCUUUGAACUGGAGGAUGAGGGCAAAGCCAUGCUGGCCUCUCUGCGAUCAGAGCUGAACCACAUCCACGCAUCGGCCAUCGAGCACCUGAGACAAACCCACCAACAGGAGUCCGCUACAGCCAAAGUGGAGCUGGAGAAAACGCUGGAGAACAACCGGAUACAGGAGCGUGAGUUGCUGGGCCGGAUCACUGAGCUGCAGGAGGAGGUGUCCCGGAGGAAGAACCACAUCGCUCAGCUGGACCACCAGAUCCACACACUCAACGAGAAUAUCAGCACUCUGACUAAAGAGCUGGAGCUCAAGGGCAAGGAGGUGCUCAAGAUCCGCAGCGAAGCCAACCAGCAGAUAAGGGUUCAUGAACAGGAGUUGACGAAGAGGCACGAGAGGGAGCUUGCCGAGCUGAACGCCGUCCACAGCAGAGAGACGCAGAACAUGCUGUCAGACUUCAACAAAGCCCAGGAAGUGCUCAAAGACAAGAUCUCCGCCCUUCAGAUACUGCUGGAAGGAACAGAGGAGAAGUUCAGGAACAGGGAGAGUCGCCAUGAAGAUCUGCAGAUCAUCGCAGAGCUGAAAGACAUGGUCUCUGAGAGAGAAUCUCUGGUCAAGAAACUGGUGGACGAUAAGAAGUUCUACCAGCUGGAACUCGUCAACAGAGAGACCAACUUCAACAAAGUGUUCAACGCCAGUCCUAACGUAGGAGUUAUCAACCCGCUUAUCAAGCAAAAGAAAAAGAAUGAGAAAACAGCAGCCAGCAGAUUCAGCAGCUCUCCUAAUCUCAGGGCUCUGGAGGCAGCAGGUAUGGGCGUGGGUGUGGCGGGCACAGGAAGUGGGCAGCCCCCACAGCCCCCACCCCCGCCCCCAGCCCAGCCCAGCCGUCUAGAGCCCAUCCCCAACUCCCCCCUCCACCACCUUGAGCUCAACUCCAACAAACCUCUUCCCCCGCCGACCCCUCCCACCGAACCCAAGAAAUUCAUGAGCCCUCCUGAAACGAAGGACUCCACCAUCGACUCCCCGGACGCCCAGCGCCAGGAGUGGUUCGCUCAAUACUUUUCCUUUUGAUUGACCACAAAACCUGCAAAACACAAGGAUUCAGCAUGUCGACCGAACUUAAAAAAAAAAACUAAAAAAAACAACAACAAAAAAAAAAAAAACCCAAACAAAUUAAAAAAAAAAAAAACACAGGAAAAAAAAAGAGAAAAAAAAUGUUCAAACUAUUUGUUCUUUAUUGUCAUUGGUAGGUUUGGGGAUCAGUUCACUUUAGAUUCAGUCAACUGAAACUGUAAUUCAUGGUUUGAGAAUUCAUUCUCGUUGAUCUGUCCAUGAAACGCACAGAACUUGAUGUCAUUAAUUUUCACUUUUCGUCAAAAUGUAAUGAUUAUCCACUUCCUGCCGUUGGCUGAGGGGAAACUGAAUUGAGCCCGAUCCUGACUGCCAAGCGUCACCGCUCUCCGAUCCGAUUCGACUGCCCGGUUAUCUCUGGUCGUUUCACUGUGGACGAGCUCCUCUCUUAGUGCAGUGACGACGAUCAUCGGUAUGUUUGAUGUUCAUUUGAUUUCUUUACUUCUCGACUUAUUUUGCGGUUUCUCGGAACUAGAAAAAAAAAAAUGAGUGGUGCAUUAUCAUGCUGCUAAUUGCCAUCGUUGGACUACAGCAAGAAAUAUAUAUAUAUAAAGAAAUAUACGGUAGGUUAUUGUGCUCUCUCUGUACGUGGGCCCACUGCAUACGGCAUCUUAGACUAGGAGGGCUGAUCUAAGACCAGUUUGCCUCCUCAUUUAUGGUGACAUUUAGGUUGGACCUGAUCCUGGAUCAGUUACACUUCUCCGGUACGCAUCCAUGAAUACAGGCUCUGAUUUUAGGACGGCACCGUCGCGGCAAGUUUGUUACAGCUGCCUAGAAGUUUCAGCAGAUUUUGGUAGAAUAUUAAAACCUGUUUGUAUGGUUGUCUGUCUCCACACAGAUAAAAUGAUGUCUCACCAAUUUUAAAAACAAAAAUAGCAUAUUUUAUAUUUAUAUUAU